AAUGAUAACAACAUGUUAAAUAUAAAGACAAAGUUUAGUUGUAUAUACAUAGAUUCUAUAUUUAGAUCUACAUAUAUAGUCUAUAGGGGAGAAGAUGGCUCCAUAUAAUAUUAUAGCCAGGGUUUAAACCCGGGACCAGAGAGUCGACUGUCCAGAGUGCAUAAUACCAGUAUUAAAGAGUGUAAACUGUAGACAAAAGCAUAUGCCAAGAGUUGAUACUGAUUUUUACAAUGACAAUGAAGGUCAAUAAAGUUGGCAAGCAUAAAAGAAUCAUUAUUGACUCUUCUGAUUCAGAAUCUGACAACAAUGAAUCAAAAAGUAUAAACAGAAAGUCAUCAAGAAUUUCUCAAAAACAAAAGAAACCAAAGUUUCAACUUCCAUCAAGAGAUGAAAUCUGGAAAAAAAUACCAACUGUAGAAGGAAGUUCUAGUUUAAAAAGCCUAACACCAAAAAAGAAUGUUAACAACUUAACAAAAAUAUACAGUGAUUAUAAUUUUGAUGAUUAUGAAGAUACAAGCGACAGCAUGUCAUCAACUGAAAGUUUCUCAGAAGAAGAUAUAAAAACACAUUCUGGAACGUCAAAUAAAAAGCACAGAAUUCGCAAUUACUACUCACGAAUCACUCAAGUUGAUUCCAGUGAUGAAGAACAGAAACAAACAAACUUACCAGUAUCUCAUGUAUACCAGUUGAGCACACCCCUUAAGGAUCCAGAGGAAAACAAUGAAGACAAUGACAAUGGUGACAGUGCAUCUCAAACUUUUGGGGAAUAUUUAAAAGAAGACAGUUCUGAGGAUGGCGAUGAAUUAACAACCACUGUGCCAAAAAGAUUCAAGAGGAAAAGAUAUUCACUUCCAGAUAGCGAAUAAGAAAAAGAUGAACGCCAGGAACAGUAAAUUUAACUAAGUUUAAAAACCAGUUGGUUACCAUUGAUAAGUUUUGAGAUUUCUAAAAUAACACAAGAGUAUAAUAAAUUGAUUGAAUUGAUCAACACAUUGCAACAAUGUUAAACAAUGCCAAAAAAAAGUAAGUUUUUUUUAUACCGGUAGUAAAAAUGCACUAAAACAGACAUUUGAAUAGUUUUAAAUAUAAAAGAUAAUUUCGUUCAUAAGACUAACUUAAGCUCUACCAUGUAACCAUACAGCACUCUACCAUGUUGUACAAGUAAACCCAAUGUAUUAGCAGUAUCACAUAUUUAUAAAUUAUAUGAGUGCAUUUACAUAGCCUUGAGCUUCACCUUACAGCCAGUCUUGCCUUUGAACCAAUAACAUUUUAGAAUUCUAGUUAAUCAUGUAGUUUAUGGCUCUCUAACUCAGUCAAGAGGUCCACCACAAAACUUUCACAAGGCCCAGUGCUCAAGCAAACUGUCACUUCAUUUUAUAGAACAAAAAUCUAUAAAUUGCACUCCCGUACAAAACUACUGACUCAAUGGGAAUGCUUGUAUAGAUACUUGGUCUGUUCAACUUUUAUGCAUUUUUUGUAAGUUUGGAUCUUGUCUCUUGUGAAAUCUCUGAAGCAGCCUACAUGAGAAUAAAUAUUUAAUACAAUUCUGUUACAGCACUAAUAUUUAAAAUGUACACUUAGUUAUUGUACAAAAAAGUGAUAAUUUGAUAAAUUAUGUAUAAUUUGAUAAAUUAUGUAACUUUGUAAAUAACCAAUAUCUUAAUUAUUUUUUACAAAAACAUAAUAAUUUUGUGCAUAGCUAACAUUUGUAUUAUUUGUACAUUGCUAACAUUUCAAUUAUUUUGUACAUAGCUUAUAUAUCUAUUUUUAUUGUGCAUUGCCUACAUCAUUAUUAUUUUGUAAUUAGCAAAAUCUCAAUAAUGUCAACACCUUAAUUAAUUAUGUAGCGCCUAGCCACUAUUUUAACUAUUUUAUAAAUAAAUAUAAUAUUAAUUAUGCUUUACAUAAACGUAACCUUAAUUCUUGUUGUUGCAUAUCCAACAUCAUAAUUAUUUUAUAAUUUAUCUAACAUCAAUUUUUGUGUGCAUUGCACGUAGCAAUCAUUGAAGUUUUAUUUGUAAAUUUAGUCUUCUUUGUAACCAGGUCUUUUUUCCAUACUUGCUAGACAUUUUGAGUCUGUGCAUACCUCAUCACUCAGAGUUUUUUGUUUUUGAUGUUUUUUCUUUCAAUCAGAUCCAGUGAUAAUAAAGGUUUAGUCUUAAUUUUUUUUUUUUUUAAGUUUUCUUUUCAUUGAAGAGUUUCUUUAGUCUGUGCAUGCCACACCACCCAUAGUUCAUUGUUGUGGUUUUGCAAAUGGACCCAGUGAAAAAAAUAAAAUUUUAUUUUUCUUUA